AACAAAAACCGUCUCUCUCCUGGGACUGUUGCAGCGGAGGCAAGCGUAAGGCAGAGACACGAUGACGGAGAAUGACAGGUGUGCCACAGUGGAGCAAUACGUUGGUGAAAUUAAAGGUGGACUGAGACCAGCCAUGAAAAUCACUGUCAUAGGGAUGGUACAUUACAACCCAAAGAGCUUUGCAGUGACUCUGCUCUGUGAUCCAGUGGAUGCAAACAAAGAUGUUGGGCUGUUAUUUACAGUUAACUUCAGUGACAAAUCCAUCACCCGAAAUGCACGAAUUGGUGGGAAAUGGGGAAGAGAAGAGAAAAAUAUUCCCUACUUCCCAUUUACAGCAGGUGACACUUUUAAGAUGGAGCUCUUGUGUGAACACCAGCAAAUACGGGUCUUGGUUGAUGGGCGGCAGUUCUGUGACUUCACUCACCGCAUUCAGGCCCUGAACUUGGUGAAAGCUUUACAGAUCACAGGGGACAUCAAGCUUACCAAAGUGGCUUGAUAAAAAAGAAGACCUCAGUAUCAUCAGGGGACAAAGACAAAUGUACUUUCCCCUGCCUGGGAAAUGUUUUAUCUUUCUCUCCUGGUUGAUUCUGGAGAAUGGGGACUGUGUCUGUUUCACUUGCUGAUGUGUUUGAAACAUACACUUUUUUCUCACACACACUGAGCAAUUGCAGGGAUAUGGCUGGUCCAGGUGUAUCAGAUGGCUUUCCUGAGAUAUUCUCUUGGCCUCCCAACCUUAAGACUAUGAUGCUAUGCAAUAUCUCCUAUCCUUAUGAACCCCUCCAACUCCCCCAUGCCAGCUGGUGGAGCUCAGUCCUCUGAGAUAGUGUGGCUGUUACUCUUUUGACUAGAACUGAGCAGUAUACAUGUGGCGAUAUUGAGAGAAGAGAGCUUGGAGAUUUCCUUGUAAGUGAGUAAGGGAGUCUGGUAGGCCCCAACAAGGUUUCCAUUACUAUAAGAGAAUUGUUCUUCCUGGAGGCUCUGAUCAGGCAGCACAAAGCCGUCUGCACUUCCCAGUACAGAGCAGUAAAUGCCUUACCAUCAUCCCUGUCUCUUGCAGGUAGAGUUCUCAUGAACUGAAAGGUUUCAACAGCUGUGGAUUUCACAGUCUUCUCUGGAUCAGCCCUGUGCAAUGGUAUCUGUAGCUAAAACUGCGUUGCCUGUUCCUGCAUCUUAAUUAAA